AUGCGGAAUGCGGAAGCAGACCCCUCUGCUGUGAAUGGAUGGUGUCUUGGAUGGUGCGCCCUCACCACUUGCUGUGGCGUAGGAUGGAUUUUGCAGAUGCUCGACAGAGAGGCGAUGGCCGAGAAACACGAUCUUAAAUAUUCAGCCUGCGGUGGAUGCUUGACAGCGUUCUGCUGCUCAUGCUGUGAAUCUAUCCAGACAUCAAAGGAACUCGAUUACAUUCAGCUUCAACACCGCGGGGAGAACGGAUAUACACCUAACGAGAAGAUGGAGGCUAUUCCUCAAGCUCCCCUGGCUCAUCAACCUCCUCAACAUCCUCAACCUCCUCAACCUCUUAAACAAUAG